AUGGGGGACCGACAGCGGCGGACCGGGAGACUCGGGAACCUCACGACCAAGUCCCGGGUCUCCAAGGAGACCAAGCUCCGGUUGCGCGUGGUUUUCCUGGAUGACAGCGAGCGCACGUUCGAGGUGGAGCAAAAGGUUUUAGGUGGCGACUUCUACAACAAAGUGUGCGGUCAUCUGAAACUGCUGGAGAAGGAGUACUUUGGCCUGGAGUUCAGACACCACAGUGGCAAUUAUGUUUGGUUGGAGCUGCUGAAGCCUUUGGUCAAACAGAUCAGAUACACCAAUGAUUUAUUCUUCAGGUUUAUAGUCAAAUUUUUUCCACCAGAUCCUGGACAACUCAAGAGAGGCCUCACCAGGUAUCUUUUUGCCUUACAGAUCAAGCAGGACUUGUCUAAUGGCAGUCUGACCUGUAAUGACAACAGUGCCGCCCUGCUGGUCUCUCACAUACUGCAGUCAGAGAUAGGGGACUAUGAUGAGGAGCUGGACUGCCAGCAUUUGGAGAUGAAGCACUAUGUUCCCAACCAGGAAUAUCUGGACCACAAGAUCAUCAAGUUUCACAAGAAACACAGAGGACUCUCUCCAGCAAACUCCGACAUCCAGCUGCUGGAGGUGGCGAGGAAGCUGGACAUGUAUGGAAUCAGGCCUUACCCUGCCUAUGAUGGGGAGGGAAUGAGGAUCAAUCUGGCUGUCACACACUCUGGAGUGCUAGUCUUUCAGGGAAACACAAAAAUCAACACAUUCAGCUGGGCAAAGAUCCGUAAGCUAAGCUUCAAACGCAAGCAUUUCCUCAUCAAACUACAUGAUAAAGUUGGGCCCUCGUGUAAGGAUACACUAGAGUUCGCCAUGGCCAGCCGUGAUGUGUGUAAAUCAUUCUGGAAGAUGUGUGUGGAGUACCAUGCUUUCUUCAGGCUAGCUGAGGAACCAAAGGCCAUACACAAAACUCUGCUGUCAUGUAAAGGCUCCAGCUUCAGAUACAGUGGUCGCACCCAGAAGCAGCUGCUGGAGUGUCUGGGAUCAGGGGAGAAGAAGCCUUCGCACUUUGAAAAGAUAUACAGUCAGACAGACUAUGACCCCAGACAAUGUCGAUCUUCUCCUGAUCUCCUCACAGAUGUCUCCAAACAGGUGUAUGAACAAUCUCACCCAUUCCCACGGUCAAGUCGUGCUCUGGUGGUACACAGCCAGGAUCAGUUGGACCCGCAUCACCGAGACAACGAUACUGAAAUCAAUGAAAGAGGGGCUAAACGCAGCCAUUCAUGUGUUGAGGUGAGCCAGAGGCCUCGCCUCCUCUCCCAAGUCACUCCUCUUUCUCCAUCUGUCCACCAGACAACACCGCCUUCACCCUCACCGAAGAUGAGAUCUGCUUCGAUAUCUGUAGUAGAGGACGCAAGGGGGGUACGAAUCGGGACACAGCGCCAAGCCCAGCGGUUAGCUGGUGUCUAUGGAAACCGAUCUAGACGUCGACCCAACCCCCAGCCACAUCCAGAUGCAGGACAGCAGCUGGUCCUUCUCUACCCUAACAGCCCUGCCUACCAGUAUCAUCCUGUCCUCCCAUCGUUCCCAUUAGCUGGCUGCUCGCCACUCAACCGACAUCCCUACUUGUCGGAAUUUGUUGCCGUUUCCUCACUGGAACGAAUUCCGCAUACAAAACGGCGGGAUUAUGUGACAAUGGAUGGUAUAACACGGCCAUCUUUUUACCCAGUACGUCACGAUUCGCCAUCUAGUUCACCAAUCAGGAGAAACCUCCGCUCCAGUGGUUCAGGUGGGCUGGGAUUGGCCAGAAUGUACCAACCAGGAAGCAAUGGUGCAAGACUCAUGGGCGUUGGACAUACAGAGGCAGGUCAUUACAGCGAUGACUCCAACUUCCUUCCUGGGCUGCCUCGCCGUGUAGCCAGCCAACCUGACGUCAAAUUACACCUCUCGAGGAGUUCAAACACUGCCUUUAACCCUGCUUCUGAGUUUCGCCCUCUUGGUUACUACCCCCACCUGACGCGCCCCUCCAGACCCACCUACCUCCCACUAAACUCUUCCCCUCUGCCUGAACGCCCCAGUUCACUAUGUAUGAUUGGCAGCACUGCGGGAAGCUACAGUGACUCAGACCCGGAGGUUUUCUAUCCAUAUUACUGCCCUGCCCCUCAGGUGGGCAAGAUGGUACGGUCCGCUGGACUAGCCAGGAUGAGGUUUUCAUCGGGGAGUCUUCAACUUGAUGAGGAGGAAGAGGGAGAGGAGGAAGAGAGGGAGCAUGCAACAGCAAAAGAAACUGUAAAGAAGGAGCCAGAGGGUGAAGAGGAGAAGAAAGAAAAGAGUGAAGGAGGAGAGGAUACAAAAGGAGCGGCAAAGGUUACUGAAGUGACGCUGUAGAAAAAGAUUAAAACAUUACAGCGGUUUAUGAUCACAGUCAAAACUGGAAGGAUAAUUUAAAAUAGCACAUCCUCUGCAGACUGUAGAUAACAUGAUAAAUGUAUUAGAUAAGAAGUGUGUUGUUUUGAGGUGCACUGGCAGAUGAAAUGUAUUUUUUUGCCUUCUUCAAGUGAAAACCUCAGAUUUUGAAAAGGGGCUACUGUUAAGUGGCUAUUUUAUAGGUGGAAGCUUACAAAAACAAGUAAAUAAAUAACAUCAAUAAUAAUAAUUAUUAUUAUUUUAGAAAUUAAAGAUGUGUGACAAAUUUAAGCAGCCAACAAUUUAAAUUUUUUGUUAAGGUGUUUGAGCCACUACAACAUUAAUUCUUCAAGCAUUCCUUUACCAGAGGGGUAUGGGCACCAUUUUUCUUAAAGAUUUUCCCUCAUUUCAUGUCUUGAUGAUGAUCAUCAUCAAAUGGAGACACAUUGGUCUCCUGAAGAUGUUCAUUUUAGUUGCGAUCUGGUGACUGUGAAGUUCAUAGGCUACUCUUUAAGCCGUGUUAACUAUAAGGUAGGCCCGUAUAUAGGUGGAGGCACUGUCAUCCUGAAAUAGACCACUCACAUCCCAUACAACUGGUCAACCAGAACAACUUUCUAUUGGUUUUCAUUUUUCAUUCCCUCUAAGGCAGG